UUAGGCCUAUCAUUCCACAAUCAAAGAAUUUCCCACAACAGUGGGCAAUAUGGCCAUAUUGCCAUUGAGGACCCAAUUUCGGGGACCAGCACCACAACAAAUGAACAAUGAUAACGAUAUCAUUGAUGAGUCACUUUACUAUUUCAAAGCGAAUGUAUUCUUUAGAACCUAUGAAAUUAAGUCUGAAGUGGAUCGUACUUUGAUUUAUAUAACCCUUUACAUUACCGAGUGUCUGAAGAAGCUGCAACGCUGUGCCAAUAAAAAUCAAGGCCAACAGGAAAUGUAUAGCCUGGCUAUAUCGAAAUUUGAUAUUCCCGGUGAGGCAGGUUUCCCUCUAAAUGCUGUCUAUGCCAAGCCACAAACUGCCCAGGAAGCUGAUUUAAUGCGCCAAUAUUUUCUGCAAUUAAGACAUGAAACCGGCAAUCGUGUUUUGGAAAAGGUGUUCGGCGAAGAUGGUAAACCCAAUAAAUGGUGGAUUUGUUUUGCCAAAAAGAAGUUCAUGGAAAAAUCCCUGUCCGGCCCAGGACAAUAAACCCUUCA